AUGCUUCUUAGCAGAGCGUCGCUUGGCUUCCUUGGCCUGUUCUUCACGGCCGGUGCCAUCCUGCUCAUCUUCCUCACACUCCUGGGUGGAGCGCGAAACAGCACACCCUUGAAUGAGGUGUACUUCCUCCAGGCCGACACGGGCAAUAUUCCAGGAGCUCCGGCAACCGCUCGUUGGACGUUCUGGAACGUCUGCAAUGUGACCUCCAGUGGUCGCAAUGACUGUGGUAGCUCGCACCCCGACUUCCCCUUCGACCCCCCAAGCCACCGUAACUUUGGCACCGAGGAGAAUGUUCCCAAGGAGUUCAUCGGAACCAACCACUACUUCUUGACGUCCCGAUUCAUGUUCCCCUUCAUCAUCAUUGGCCUCUUCUUCUCAGUGAUCUCCCUCUUCACUGGCCUGUUGGCCAUGUGCACGCGCAUUGGUAGCUACCUGUCCGGCUUCCUCGCGUGGCUGGGACUUACCUUCCAGACCAUCACUACUUGCCUCAUGACCGCCGUCUUUGUUCAGGGUCGGGAUGCCUUCAAUCGCAACGGUCAAAGCUCCAAGGUCGGUGUCAAGGCCUUUGCUUUCAUGUGGACUGCGACAGCCUGCCUGUUCAUCUCCUGCCUGCUCUACUGCAUUGGCGGCUCGGUCGGUCGCAAGGAUACUGGCUAUAGCGGGCGCAAGGAGCGUCGCCGUGGAUUCUUCUCUUCUAACCGCUCCAACAGCGUGAAGAGCCAGAAGAAUGAGCAGCCGACUUCUACCUACGCUUAA